AUGUGCGUGUGCGUGUGUGGGGGUGGGGGGUGGGGGUGGGUGGGGGGGGGGGGGCAUAUGCGGGCCCAGCUGGCCUGCGUGGCGCAGCCGGUGCGGCUCGUGGCGGGGCACAACCUGUUUGAGGAGGGGGACCCUGCAGACUCUUUCUACGUCCUGCAAGAAGGCGAGGCGCUGGCGAUCCGCGGUCCGCACCGCAUCAGGCGCCUGCACGGUCCCGCGCUUGCGGGGCAGGCGGCGGUGUUCAGCCACUAUGUUGAGGAGUGCAGCUGGCGCCUGCACACAGUAUGCGCUGUCACCAACUGCACGCUGUGGGAGUUCCGGGGCGCCUACCUCGCCAAGAUGCUCAAGCACAGCCCCUCCUUCCUGCCGCCGCUCUGCGACAGCUACUUGCAGGCGGGCCGGGCUGCGGGGACCUACCUAGAAGACCUGCAGCGCCGCACGCAAGAGCACGGCCACCCCGUGCCCAAGCGCAUCCGCAGGAUUGAGCAAGAGAUCCGAGCGCUGAGGGCAAAGGUGAUCGCCAAGCUGGAGAGGCGGCGGCAGUCGGAGUCCUCUGAAGCCGCCACCUCGGCGCCCGGCACGCCGGCGGCCUCGCCCCCAGGCAGCCCCCGGCACUGGCCCAGUGCUGGCGGGCCCGCAGCCCAAAGGCACGGCGGGGGAGAAGGCCGCAGCCCAACAGCUGCAGGGCAGGCGCUUACCAGGCCGUCCGAGGCAUCCACAGAGGUGUCUGCUACCAGCGAGUGGGUACCAGAGGAGGAGCAGCUUCCGGAGGCCGGCGUGACGUCGGCAGAUGCGGCAGGUGCAAUGCCGGCCUCCCCGCGCCGCCUGUCGCGCGCCUCUGCUUCCGGGAAGGGACCGCCUCUCUUCAAGCCCAGCCCGGCCAUCCCUGAGGAACCGCCAGGGCAGGGGCAGCAGCGGCAGCGGCAGCAGCAGGAAGAGGAGGGGGCAGCAGGAGGAGGAGAGGCAACAGCGGCAGCAGAGCCAGAGAGCUCAGCGGGGGAGGCCGAGGAUGUGCCUGAGGAGGAGCAGCUGAUGCAGCCAGCAGAGGGCCCCGAAUGA